AUGCCCCCCAAACCAGCUAGAGGCGAAUACAUCGAGACUGACACAGGGAACAAAAUCUCGCGCCGGUCCCAAAUCCACGGAACCCAACAUAUCAUCCUGGGAGGAAAAACCGUGAUUCAAGCGGAGGCCGUCAUCCGUGGGGACCUCUACCGAACAUCUACUUCAGCAGCAGCAGCAGCAACAGCGGACGGACAGAAGAAAACAACGACACCCACACCCACACCCACCGUGGCCAUUACCAUCGGUCGAUACAGUUAUAUAUCUCGGCAAGCAAUACUGAGACCUCCAUCGAGACUGCAUCGCGGGGUCCACUCGUUCUAUCCACUCAAGAUCGGUGACCAUGUGUUUGUGGGCGAGAGGGCGGUGGUGGAGGCCGCGACGGUCGGGAAUCAUGUGCAUAUCGGGAAGGAGGUCGUGGUAGGGAGUAUGGCGAUCUUGAAGGAUUUCGCGGUCGUGUUGGAUGGUGCAGUCGUACCAGCGGGGAUGGUGGUGCCAAGUUGGUGUGUGGUUGGGGGGGCGCCGGCGAGGAUUGUCGGUGAGGUUGGUGAGGGGUAUGGAGUUGAAGGAGGGGAGGGGGGGAUGGCUAGGGAGAGAUAUCGGCUUGUGGGAAGGUGA